AAGCUGAGCGCUCAUCACACACACACUCCCCGCUCAGUCGCUCUUACACUCCGCUGCAGCGCUCGCCUGCCCACUCCGUCACUCACUCACUCAGCCAGUGUGUGUGUGUGUGUGUGUGUGUGUGGUUUGAGCAUCUGUGUUUCAGUUCUCUCCAGUUCUCCCCCGGCUCUGUCAGAGGUUCUCGGGGUACCUGCAGUAGUUCCAGUAUUUAGUCCUGGUCUUUUGGUCCUGUUCUUCUGACGAUGGCAGACGGAGCUCAGUGUGGCAGUGGCAGUGGCAGUGGCAGUGAUGGUGAAGAGAAGGGAGUGCGCACGCGUGGGUUUGCACGGCAGGGGGCGCUCCGUCAGAAGAACGUUCACGAGGUGAAGGACCACAAGUUCAUCGCUCGCUUCUUCAAACAGCCGACGUUCUGCAGCCACUGCACCGACUUCAUCUGGGGCUUCGGGAAACAGGGCUUCCAGUGUCAAGUCUGCUGUUUUGUGGUACAUAAACGCUGCCAUGAGUUUGUUACGUUCUCCUGUCCUGGAGCAGAUAAAGGACCGGCGUCAGAUGACCCGCGCAGUAAACACAAGUUUAAAGUUCACACCUACUCCAGCCCCACCUUCUGUGAUCACUGUGGAUCGCUGCUGUACGGCCUCAUACACCAGGGCAUGAGAUGUGAACACUGUAUGAUGAACAUACAUAAGCGAUGCGUCGCUAACGUCCCGAGUCUGUGUGGAACCGAUCACACCGAGUGCCGCGGCCGGAUCCAGAUCGCCGCCAACAUCAAGAGCAGCGUCCUGACCGUGUGCAUUAAGGAGGGGAGGAACCUGGUUCCCAUGGAUCCCAACGGCCUGUCUGAUCCGUAUGUGAAGCUCAAACUCAUUCCUGAUCCCAAAAGUGAGAGCAAACAGAAGACCAAGACCAUAAAGUGCUGCCUGAACCCCACAUGGAACGAGACCUUCACAUUUAAUCUGAAGGACUCUGAUAAGGAUCGGAGGUUAUCGGUGGAAAUGUGGGACUGGGAUUUAACCAGCAGGAAUGAUUUUAUGGGAUCACUCUCAUUCGGCAUCUCAGAACUACAGAAACAGAGUGUGGAUGGCUGGUUUAAGCUGCUGAGUCAGGAGGAGGGCGAGUACUUUAAUGUACCUGUAGCUCCUGAAGGAGAAGAAGGAAAUGAAGAGUUACGUCAGAAGCUGGAGAAAGCUAAAAUUGCUUCCGUCUCUAAGAAGACAGAAUCUUCAGUGUCUAAACUGGACAGUAACGGAAACAAAGACCGAAUGAAGCUCUCUGACUUCAACUUCCUCAUGGUGCUGGGGAAAGGAAGCUUUGGCAAGGUGAUGCUGGCUGAAACGAAAGGAUCGGACGAGUUGUUUGCGAUUAAGGUGCUGAAGAAGGACGUGGUGAUACAGGAUGAUGAUGUGGAGUGUACCAUGGUGGAGAAGAGGGUGCUGGCACUUUCAGGAAAACCUCCGUUCCUCACCCAGCUACAUUCCUGCUUCCAGACCAUGGACCGCCUGUACUUUGUGAUGGAGUACAUUAAUGGAGGAGAUCUGAUGUACCAGAUCCAGCAGGUUGGAAAGUUCAAAGAACCACAUGCAGUGUUCUACGCUGCAGAGAUUGCUAUAGGAUUGUUCUUCUUGCACGUGAAGGGCAUCAUUUACAGAGAUCUGAAGUUGGAUAAUGUGAUGCUGGACUGUGAAGGUCACAUUAAGAUAGCAGAUUUUGGGAUGUGUAAGGAGAACAUGUUAGAGGGAGUCACAACCAAAACCUUCUGUGGAACUCCGGAUUACAUCGCUCCUGAGAUCAUUGCGUAUCAGCCGUAUGGGAAGUCGGUGGACUGGUGGGCGUUUGGGGUGCUGCUAUAUGAAAUGCUAGCUGGACAGCCCCCGUUUGAUGGUGAGGACGAGGACGAGCUCUUCCAGUCCAUCAUGGAGCAUCACGUCUCGUAUCCCAAAUCCAUGUCUAAAGAGGCAGUGGCGAUCUGUAAAGGGUUGAUGACGAAGCACCCUGGGAAGCGUUUGGGCUGCGGGCCUGAGGGAGAGCGGGAUAUACGAGAGCACGGGUUCUUCCGCUACAUGGACUGGGAGAAACUGGAGAACAAAGAGGUUCAACCUCCAUUCAAACCUAAAGCUUGCGGCCGGGAGGCGGAGAAUUUCGAUCGUUUUUUCACGCGUCACCCUCCGGUGCUCACUCCGCCCGACCAGGAAGUCAUCAUGAACCUGGACCAGGACGAGUUCCAGGGUUUCUCCUUCAUUAACCCCGAGUUCCCCAACACCAGCGCUCAGAGUUAAUCUCACAAUAACUGAUUAACAAACCCCGCCCCCUUCCCUCCAUCCCGCCGUUACAGCCAAUCAUCUCUCGCUUCCCCUGGUGCACGCCCCACCCUGCCCCCUGCAGGUCACAUGGCUGAAGUGCAUAUGAGCAAAUCCCAUUAUCCGAUCCCCCAGCUAAUCAGAUGCAUGCUAAGCUCUGGAGCUAAAGCUAGUUAGCGAGUUAGCCUGAUGCUUGUACGCCCCCUACAGGGCAGCUGGCUGAAGUGCGUCGCCGCAGUUAAUCUAAUAUAAACGUUAAUGUGCUGCAUGAGAAACGAUCGUCAUGAGAAACCACAUUUAAUAUUUAGGUUCAUUAUUCAGGUGUGAGCGUCAGUCCUGCUGUUAGAG